UGCAUUUAGGAGCAUAUACAUCCAUCUAAUAGCCUCCUUGUUGUAAUGGAUGACCCGAUGCUUAAACCACUGCUAUUGGAGAAAGGCCGAUCUUCAAGGAAUAUUUUCCUUAAAUGCUAUACACCAACAAAACCAUAGGUUCCUACAAAAUGGAUGUGUUGUGUUCGGUGAUCCAAAAUUAAUGAUUUGAAAGCAGCAAUUAGAGCGAUGUCCUGAUUGAAUAUAUAAGUGAUUGCAGGUACUGAGGAUGGAGAUAUUCAAGCUUUUAAUCCUAGCUGUUUUCCGUGGUUAAUGUUUUGUAAACAGAGGAAUACAUCAUCAUCCCUACACCUGGUGACUGGAACAGGAGAGAAAUUGAACCGCAUGUGCUGACUAAAGGUUUGGAUGCUGUGAACAGAAACGGAAUAUUCAUAGCCAGUGUUUUACCAUAUUUUCUCGAAGGUUUAAACUGUUAAAGAUAAUUCCACCAUACCCCAGAGCCAAGCAUAGCUUGUCAGACGAGUAAAAUGGGCCAAGCCUCGUCAUAACAAUGGGAUGUACGUCCUCUCACUCUGCUCGCGUGGAAGAUGAGAUCCCAAAGUCACAGAGUGUUAUUCGUUCAGCGGUGCUGAUCCAGAAGUGGUACCGGCGGUAUCUUGCUAGAGCUGAAGCCAGGAGGCGGUGCACUUGGACCAUCUUCCAGUCCAUUGAAUAUGCGGGAGAACAGAAUCAGCUCAAGCUGUAUAAUUUUUUCAACAACAUGUUGAGUCAAAUGGAUACCGAUGCCCUCGGUCAACCAAAGAUACUGCGGGCCCUCUCCGUGUCUCAGAGGCCGGUACUUAUAGACACCAAAACCCUGGAGGAGGAGGACAAUGAACUACUAAGACUGAGUGACCCAGACACCAUCGAGGUGGAGUCCACCUACCGCGGGGUCCAUCUCACUUUCCCACUGACUCAAGCUCAGCUGCAGAGCCUGAUCAAAUCCUUCAAAACCAAACAGCCACUGCAUGCCAAAUACUUGAUACAGCUCUUGCUGGAGACCCGUGCUGCACUAAAACAAAAGGCCAACAUCAACUAUGCCACUACCUCAAUAGCUAAGCAAAUGACAGUUUGUGGCGAUCUUCACGGAAAACUGGACGAUCUCUACAUGAUAUUUCAUAAGAAUGGUCUUCCAUCUGUACACAACCCUUAUAUCUUCAAUGGAGAUUUUGUGGACAGGGGGCGUAACUCUGUUGAAAUAGCUGUGAUUCUCUUUACUUGCUUCCUAAUAAACAAAAAUGAAGUCUAUCUUAACCGUGGCAACCAUGAAGACCAUGUGAUGAACCUUAGAUAUGGCUUUGUCAAAGAGCUGGUGAAAAAAUACUCUAUGCAUGCAAAGAGAGUGAUAGGCUUGUUUGAAGAUGUGUUUAGUUGGUUACCAAUAGCAACCAUAAUUGACCACAAAAUCCUUGUUGUCCAUGGGGGUGUUUCCGAUUCUGUUGACCUCAACUUUUUGGCAACCAUUGACAGACACAAGUUCCUGUCAAUAUUACAUCCACCGAGGGGAGAAAAUGACACCGCAAAUCUAACCGACAUGCAAUUAAGAGAAUGGAAACAAGUUUUAGACAUUCUGUGGAGUGACCCAAGAGGACAGCAUGGUUGCCAUGACAACACAUUUCGAGGUGGAGGAAGCUACUUUGGUCCAGAUGUAACUGACUACAUUCUGAGCAAACAUAAACUCAAGCGAAUAAUUCGCUCUCAUGAAUGCAAACCAGAGGGCUAUGAGUUCUGUCACAAUAAUAAGGUUUUAACCAUUUUCUCUGCGUCUAAUUACUAUGAGGAGGGGAGUAACAAGGGGGCGUACGUAAAGUUACAUGGACCGGAUCUAGAAUACCAGAUGGUGCAGUACAUGUCAAGUAAAGGGGCCAACAGGAAGGUCACGUUUGCUCAGAGAGUGACUCGAGUCGAGUCUUCUGCCAUCAUCAAUCUCAGAGAAAAAAUACUUGGCUCAAAAACAGAACUUCUAGAGGAGUUCAGAAAAUUGGACCCUGAACAGACAGGUAAGGUGAACCAGUACAAGUGGUGCUCAGUGAUGGGAUGUGUGCUGGACAUGGAUCUACCGUGGAGAACCCUGAGGCCCAAACUAGCACGGUGUGAUGAGAAUGGAAUGGUGGCCUAUGAGACAACCUUUGAAGAAAUGAGGAUUUACCACCGCUACAGUGGGAAUGGACCAACAGUGACAGAAAUGCUUUAUAGACAGAAAGACAAUCUUGAGACUCUGUUCAGGAUUUUGGACAGAGAUAAUUCAGGUCAGAUUUCCAUGGAGGAAUUUGAGGAAGUGAUUCAACUCCUUGUAAAACAGCAGAAUAUGAACUGUCCAUUGGACCAGAUAUCGGAUAUCGCCCGGAGUAUCGACCUGAAUCAUGAUGGCAGGAUUGACUUCAAUGAGUUCCUGGAGGCAUUUAGAAUCGUCGAUAGCUUCGGAAAAUUCUCCGAGGUCCAGCAACAAGAUCUCAAGUCCAUCAGUUCACUGGAUAGCAUAAUGACUAUGAAGAACUGUAGCUUUUCUAUGGGGACCAAGAGACGAAUAUCAAACCUGGAUGAUAUCAAAGAAUACAGGCCUUGAGCUAGACAAUCAGUGCUUACAUACGGAGUUAGCAAACUUUGUUUAAAUUUGGAAUUCUUUUUUUGAUAUAUUUUGGUAGCAUGAAAUCAGAUAUUGUUAUGUUUCUAAAUAUUUAUAUAUACAUGUACUCUUUUUGCAAUUUCUUACACUGUGUAGGCAUUACAAUCUUGGUUUGAUAUUUUAUUGAUGAAUAUUUUAAGUCCAAAUAUUGCCCACCCUCGAGAUGCUAGUCUACCAGUAAGAAUUGGAAUAUUUUAAUAUUAGAGAGGUUUAGCAAAUCAACGUGUACGCAUACGUGUAAGUGUAGAAAGGAAAAUAUGAGCAUUACAUCAUCGGUUUGUGUAAUGAUGAAUUUCUACAUGUAUGUACCCGAAUGAACAUACAUGUAUAUGCAAAUUGCAAAGUACCCAUGAGGUCGAACUUGUAGCUUCUGUUUCCAUGUUGGCGCUUCAUUUCUCAGCUUAGUAGGAGAGGAUAUCUAGAAUUACAUUAAAACAUUUACACAUACAGGUACACGUUACAACUGCUAAACAAGAACGGUGUUGUGAUCUGCUCCGCUUAGUUCUAACUUGUAACCUACACGUACAAGUACAGGUACACUGCUAAACCUCUCUAUUAUUAUUUUGUUGUGUCUUUUUUUUAAGGGAUUCUUCUCUGUGGGGAAUUUUGAAGGAGAGAAAAUGGGCAGUUUAUUUUAUUUUUUUUAUACUCGGUUUUUUGUUUGUUUGUUUUUUUUUAACAAUUUUUUGCAUUUUUUGGAAUGGGGGAAGGAGAACAGAGGGGCAUUCUCUAUUUUAAUCAAACUUCUCCUCUGUAUGUAAAUUUGAUUAUGAUACUUAAUAUUUGUUUUAUUUCUUAUGGUAGUAUGUGUGUCCUUUCAGUUGUUUCUUUUUUAUUCCAAAAUAAAACGAGGAAUACCUUA